AUGGGACUAGAUCAGGAAGCUAUCAAGAAACGUUUUUCUCAGUUGGAACUGGAUAUAAACAAUAUGAACAGGAUGAUUGACGACAACCUGCAGAUCGGCGAAAAUGGUGAGGAAGUUGACAAAAGUGAGAAUGAGGAGUUGGGCGAGUCUCAAGAGUGGCAGGAGUCUCCCAGGGCAUUCUCCCAGUUAACUGGCGAGGCCGCACAGGAGUUUGUCAGUAGAGCAGGAACUCCCGAGGCGGAAGAGGAAGGCAAAGACAAGGCAGAAGAGAAGGAAAAGCAGUCGGAGGAAGCACAUGAGACCCCAGUGGAAAGGGUAGUAGAGAUGUCAAAACGUGAGGUAAUGGAGUCGGUAAAGCCAGUAGAGCCAGUGGAACCAGUGGAAAGGGUUGAAGAAAUUAAAAAGGUAGAGAAAGUAACAGUUGCAGAAAAUAAAGAGCAGAUCAAUGUUCAAAAUAAAGUUGUAGAGAAAGUGAAGGUUGCGCAGAGUGGAGAGCUAAGCAGAAAACAAGAAAAGGUGGAGCAACGAGAGAUCACAGUGCAAGCAGGCACGCAUCCCGCAGAUACCUCCGAUCAAGCAACAGAUACUUCUGAGGAUUUCACCGCAGGUAAUGUCACAACGGCUAUUUCGUCAAACUCGUCGUUCUCGUCACCAGCAGAGCCCGCGGCACCCAUCUUCUUACCAAAGAACACUCAACAAACCACCACCCAAAGGCGUCCCACCAACCCAUUCCGUGUGGUCUCUGUUGGUGCACCUAACUCAGAUACAAAUGGUUCCCGCAAAGCAUCGGGGACUACUGUUAUUGAACCGCGAGCCGUAGAGACCGAAGGUUCUUUGAAAUUACAAAAGAGACUGGACUACCUCACGAAAAAAUGUCUCAAACUGCGCAAAGAGAUCCAAUACCUUAACGAUAUGAACAGCCAAAGCACACUUUCUAUAGAGGACGGCCGCAGAUUGACCAGUGCCAUUGAAAAAUUGCAAGAAUAUCUCGAUACAAAGACCAAAGAAAAAUACGAUCUUGGGGUUAUCGUCAGCAGGCAACUCAGACGCGACAUCGACCGUGGUGAUAAUGGCCAAUUCUGGAUAGGGACUAAGUGA